AUGAAGCUGGUUUUGAUGAUCGUGGUUAUGCUGAAUUUUAGUAGUGAUGAAGCUGUUUCUGAUGAUGCUGCUUCCACAUCUGGUGAUUAUGAGGAAGAUGAUGAUACGGAGGACGAUGGUCUAGGGAAGUGCAAGCGAGGUCAUAUUGAGAAAAGGACAGGAAAAAGGGGCAAGCUAAAGGUCGAGAAGACGAAGGGAGAAGUGGCGAAGGAGAAAGGGGUUGUCGUUAAAACCCAAUCAAGAAGUACGCAGAAGGCCCCAAAUUUGCAUGGUGUGAAGGCUUUUGCAACUGCAGUGAAGAAGUUUGAUGACUCUAGGAUGAAGCUGGUCAUAGAAAUGGGUUUUGGAGGGUUGUUAAGUAUACCCCUGACUUUUGUACCCCAGAAGUUUGUGUACUGGCUGUUGACAAGGGUGAUGGGUGAUGGUUCGAUAACUUUUGGAGAUGAGUGUGUGCUUCCUUUGAGUCCUGUGCAGGUCGAGUACGUACUUGGGAUUCCCAUGGGGUCGAAGGAAUUGCCGUGUACGAUUCCUGAGGAUAAGCAGGCAGAGCAUAGUAGAAUUUUGGAAAAGUUUGGGAAAAAUGAACACAUUUCAUUAGUAGCUGCUUUGGGGGCACUGAUUCGAAAGGAUGAGGAAGGUAAUGUGUUGUCGCUAUCGGAUGACGAGAAGGCUGAUUUCAAGAUAGCCUUUCUCAUAACAACUCUAGGCUACUUAUUGUGUGCUACGGCAAAUACAAGCUAUCUUGGGGUGAAGCUUGUACCGUCGUUAUUGGUUUACGAUGAAGCUGAUGAGUAUGACUGGUGCACUUAUGUAUUUAACUGGAUGGUUAGUAGCCAGGAGUUUCCAAAAGAAAUUUGCUCGUGAUGGAUAUGUUGCAGGUUGUGGGGGUUGUAUCCUUUUUUGUUGGUGAGUAAAAUUGGGUAUUUUCCACCAUACACCAAAAGCUUUUUGAGUAAUUUUAUUAAAUUUUGCAGUUUUCUCGUUUGUAAUGGUUAGUUGAACUAAAUCAUCCAUCCUGUCCAUUUUUUUGUAGA